CAGAGCUGCAGUCGAGACAAGUCUCUGUUUCUCUCGAAAUAAACAUUCAAGUGAAUCCAGCAGUCUCUGACAAACUCUGAGUGUAGAUAUGUCUGCUGCCAGCUGUCUGCUGACUGAAGAUGAGUUUCUGUGCUCCAUCUGUCUGGAUGUGUUCACUGAUCCAGUCGCCAUACCAUGUGGACACAACUUCUGUAAAACCUGCAUCACUAAACACUGGAACGUUAAUGUCCAGUCUCAGUGUCCAAACUGUAAAGAGGUGUUCAACUAUAGACCUGAGCUGCGGGUCAAUACCUUCAUCUCUUUGAUGGCUGCUCAGUUCAGACAGUCAGCUCAACAGAAAGCCAGCAGCAGCAGCUCAGAGCAACAAGCUGCCAAACCAGGAGAAGUUCCCUGUGACGUCUGCACUGGAACCAAACUGAAGGCCCUGAAGUCCUGCCUGGUGUGUCUGGUCUCCUACUGUGAGACUCACCUGGAGCUUCAUUUGACAACGUCAGGUCUGAAAAGACAUCAGCUGAUCGACCCUGUGGAGAACCUGGAAGGCAGGAUGUGUACGAAGCACGAUAAACAGUUGGAGCUGUUCUGUAAGACCGACCAGAUGUGUGUCUGCAUGCUCUGCACUGUUUUAGACCACAAGAACCAUGAUGUUGUUCCUCUGAAAGAAGGAUAUGAACGAAAGAAGGCCAAGCUGGGGAAGACUGAGGCUGAAAUUCAGCAGAUGAUCCAGAAGAGACGACUGAAGAUUCAGGAGAUCAAACACUCAGUGGAGCUCAGUGUGGAAGAUGCAGACAGAGAGAUAGCAGAUGGUGUUCAGGUCUUCACCGCUCUGAAGGAGUCUGUUGAGAGAAGCCAGGCCGAGCUCAUCGACACGAUCAAAGAGAAGCAGAGAAAGACAGAGAAACAGGCUGAAGGCUUCAUCAAAGAGCUGGAACAGGAAAUCAAAGAGCUGGAGAAGAGAAGCACUGAGGUAGAGCAGCUCUCACGCUCUGAAGACCACCUCCACCUCCUCCAGAGCUUCAGGACCCUGAACACCGCUCCACCCACUAACAACUGGACAAGAGUCAGAGUCAGUCCACCUUCAUAUGUGGGGACUGUGAGGAGAGCUUUGAAUCAGCUGGAAGAGACGCUCAGUAAACAGAUGAAGAAGCUGUUCGAGGUCGAGCUGAGGACGGUCCAGCAGUCUGCAGUGGAUGCGACUCUUGAUCCUGAUACAGCACAUCCCAAACUCAUCCUGUCUGAUGAUGGAAAACAAGUUAAAACUGGUGAUGUAAAGAAGAAACUCCCAAACAAUCCAGAGAGAUUUGAUCGUUGGGUUAAUCUUUUAGCAAAGCAGAGUUUCUCUUCAGGAAGAUUUUACUUCGAGGUUCAGGUUAAAGGGAAGCCUAUGUGGGAGUUAGGAGUGGCCAGAGAGUCGAUCAACAGGAAAGGACACAUCACACUGACUCCUCAGAAUGGUUACUGGACGAUAUGGUUGAGUAAUAAGAAUGAGUACAUAGCUCUUGCUGGCCCUGAUAUCCGUCUCUCUCUGAAGUCUCAGCCUCAGAAGGUGGGGGUGUUUGUGGAUUAUGAGGAGGGUCUGGUCUCCUUUUAUGACGUUCAUGCUGCAGCUCUGAUCUACUCCUUUACUGGCUGCUGCUUCACUGAGAAGCUCUACCCAUUCUUUGGUCCAUGUGGUAAUGGUGAUGGUAGAAACUCUGCUCCUCUGAUCAUCUCUCCUGUCAAUCACACCGAGUAGAACAAACACUUAAUUUUCUACAGAGACGCUUUCAUUUAAUGUAACAAAUCUAUAUUAUUGGUGAUUUACGGUGUAAACAUGAUUGAUUCUUCACAUUCUGAUCAAUGGGUUUUUUCUAUUUGUCUGUAAAUGUUUUUCUACUCCAACACACAGACAUUAAGCCACUGAUUGAUAUUAUCUAAUGUAGUCUACUUAAUUCCAAUAACUGCAUAACCUGCCUUCAAGACUGUUGAAUCAUCAAAAACAAUGUUGUAACGAUGCACCGCCGUUACUUAGACCACGGAUAGUGUGUGAGAUGGGGUGUGAUGGAGUCAAGGAGAACACAAGUUAUUGUAUGUAUUCAUUGUUGGACUGUGGAUGCUGGGAGCCAUGUGCACAGCGAGGACACAGAGCUGGUCCUUUUGUUCUCCCUGCCAACAAACAGACAACUGCAGUCAGUGACAAAGUGAAUAGACUUGACUGUGGUAAAUGUCUAUGUGGCAGAACAUUAUUGUGUAUAUAUGGAACAACUUACCUCUGCCUGUUUCCUCUUCCCAGGGUGUUUGGGCAAAAUACUUCCCCGGGCCCUCGAGCACCCAUUUAUAGUUCCGGGAAAUACCAACUACAGGAAGCGGGUAGGGGGAAGUGAAGAUAUGUGUUGCUGUGUUUAUUUAGAUAAAUGAUGGUGUUUAUAAUUUACUUUAUUUAUAGGCAUUAUAAUUAGAUGUUAAUUAAUAUGGAUACUUGUGGUGUGGGUAAAAUCAUGUAAAUAUU